AUUUAAUAAUAUUAUGAUAUAAAGAAAAUUAUUAUAGAUAUUAAUAAUUUAUACUUUUAUAUACAUUCAUUCCUAAAUUCGAUGCAGUUUUUUAAUAAGAAAGAAUGGUUAUAUUAACACGAGUUUUAGGUUAUAUGACAAAAUUACGCAAUUACACAAAAAAAUAUAAUCGACAACGCUUAAUUGACAGUUUGCGUAUUCAUGUAACUGGAGGUACGGGUGGUUCAGGAUUACCUUCUUAUGGUGGGUUAGGUGGACCGGGAGGAAAUGUUUAUCUCAUUCCAGAAAAAAAAUUAACAUUAAAAAAUGUUAAGUAUAAAUUAAACAAUAUGAAAUUAAAAGCAGGAAAAGGAAGUGAAAGUUCCAAAAAAGGUCUUAUUGGAAUACCUGGAGAAGAUUUAAAUAUAAGUGUACCAAUUGGUAUCACUGUUUAUGAUGAAAAUCACAUUAAACUUGGAGAAAUAAAUUCAAAGGAUACAAAAUUAAUGAUAGCUAAAGGUGGAAUAGGAGGCUGUGAACAAACAGGAUAUUGUGGACUUAAAGGUGAAAGUCGCACUAUAAUUCUUGAUCUUCAAUUACUUGCAGAUGUUGGUUUAAUAGGUUUUCCAAAUGCAGGAAAGAGUACAUUUUUAAAUGCAAUUUCAAAAGCAAAACCAAAGAUUGCUAAUUAUCCAUUCACAACGAUAAAGCCACAAAUAGGCAUUAUAAAAUAUAAAGACUAUAGACAGAUUUCCAUUGCGGAUUUACCAGGUUUAAUAGAAGGUGCUCAUAUUAAUAAAGGAAUGGGUCAUAAAUUUUUAAAACAUGUAGAAAGAACAAAAUUAUUGUUAUUUAUUGUAGAUAUUCAAGGAUGUCAAGUUUCUAUAAACCAUAAACAUAGAUCUUGCCUAGAAACCAUUCUUUUAUUGAAUAAAGAAAUUGAACUUUAUAAACCUGAUUUAUUAGAUAAACCUGCAAUGAUUAUAAUAAAUAAAAUGGAUACAAAGAAAGCAGAUGAAAUCUAUAAUGAAAUUAAACCAAAAUUAAAUAAUUUAUCAAAAUUCCUUCCAGAAUUUGAUAAAUCAAUACAGCCAACAAAAACAUUACAAUUUGAUGAUGUUUUAACGACUUCUUUGAUUUUAAAAGAUGCAAAUGAAAUACAGAAAAUAAAAAUAAAAAUUAGACAAAUUAUUGAUGAAUAUGAAGAAAAGAUAAUUUCUCUUAGAAAUUUUAAUUCAAAUGCAGAUAAUUUAUGUACAAAAUUAAAACAACAAACAGAGAAAUAUGCGCCAACAUUUGUGUAAUUUAUUUUAAUAAACAAAUAAUUUAAAAAAGUAAAAA